CAAAUCUAAGGCUUGGUUCAAGAGAAGAGCCUGACCUAUCAAUGAUAGUUUUGUAUGUUGUAUAUUUUAAAGAAGGUGUAGGAUAUCUAUUUCUAGUUGACAAUCUUACUGUAGUUUAUUCCAAUACACCGUCCAAGUUGGAUUGCAAUGACUGGGUAGCAUGAGCAUGCGUAUGAUAACAAUGCCGACAUGUGCACAAGACAAAUGUCAAGGAGUCUUAUGGUUUAAUACUAGAAGAACUUUGCCUUCUUCUGCUGCACGUUUCAAUUAGUUUUUAAACACAGCUUGCAAGACACAUCAAGUUAAGGUAAGUUAUACUUUUUGGGGGCAAAUAAGUAUCAAUUCAGAUAAAGAUAUAAAUGUAUUUUGCAGAUUGGCCUUUCAAUUAGGCCUACUCUCCAAAUAAAGAUUGGGAAAUAAUAAUUUAUAAUCAAUUUCAGUAUUACUAGCUGUGCUUGAUGACGUGGGACACAUAAAAAAUUAAAAAUAACUUUUGCGGUUAAAUUCCCAUGUACCGAAUAAAAAAUACAAGAAAAUGGGUUUCCAUCGCAUUUUCAACUCUACUGAUCGUUUUGUCACAAAAAAAGUGCUGUUUGUGUUUGUCUUUGCACUGGCCAAACAGCACGCAGAUACAGUGCGGGUGCCUACCAACAAGAUGAGAUUAUUAUGGACAAAAGAGCCAAGUCAAACGGCAGUCAAGCAUCGAUCAUCAUGUCACCAGAAUAAGACCCAUAGCCGUGGGAAGUAGGGGUGCAACCCUUACAAAUAAAAAAAGGAAAAUAUAUAUGUUAAUAAAAAAAUAUUCACAAAAGUAGUGCAUCGGGCCUUUACUAGUCCUGAAUAUAGCUGUCUUUAGUGCGGGCAAAAACAAUGCUAUCAGAUGAAAAUUAUAUUUAUUAGUUAAUUGUUCAAGGUUGCAUAAGGACUUAGAUCAGAGUAGCCUACAUUAAUACCUCAAUAAAUAUGAAGAGAAUAUAUAUCAUUUACAUAAUCAAUUUCUCUAGUUUUCAUUGACUACCUUUUCAUCUCCCCUUUAUGUAUUAAUAACUUCUAAUUUGUCUGUUUUCGUGAGGCGUCAGUGGGAGGGUUUUGCAGUUGAUGAGUGACAUAUGACUGUUGAUCAAAGGUCAUGACCCUAUAACAUCCUAAAAGGUGUUUAUUUCAGAUGUUUGUUAAUGGUCAAAUACACAUCAACCUAAUGCCUAUCAUUAACAAAAUAACCCACAGACUAAAGUACUCUUAUUUGGAGGUGAUACAUGACAAUUGGUGUGUGCCAGAUAGUUUACCAAAGAGUAGGCUAAUAAGGGAAUCAAAUGUUCACCACAGGUUCGGGGAUUCCUGCACCAUGUUACAUGUCAACUGCAUGGGUUGGGCUCAGUUCAAAUCAAAUUUACAUUUACAUUUACGUCAUUUAGCAGAUCAAGAAGUAAACUGAAUUUAAGUUUUUGUGAAAAUGCAUCUAUUUUCAAUGAUCCCUGAGUUAACCAAAACAACUAAUUAACUCUGAAAUAUUUUGUCUCUCAGAGUUCCACAUCUCACAAUUAGACUGAACAUGUCGCUACCCUCUAUAACCAAUAUUUUAUUCCAGUAUUGGUAUAUAGGAAGUAGCUGGUAGUAAGAUCAGGGGAGAGCAAUAGGGGAACUGAGGACAGUCACUGUAGAUUCAGAGGUGGUGAACUGUGGUCAGUGGUAGUGGUAGGCACAUGGAUUUUUCAAAAUAUAUUUUUUACAUUUGAUUUGAUUUAUUGGACAAUAUCAACUUCAAUUCAACCAAAAGUGUGGGUACAGUGUAUUUAUUUCCAUUGUGGUCCUGGAGCAGAGAGUGGAACCUGAGGGGUUGUGGAGCUCAAUGGUUUGGCCAUCAGUUUGGUCUACUUAGCAAUUAUUUUCAUUAUGCAGAGGUUGUUGAUUCUGCUCUUCACAAGUCCUCAGUGUCAGCCCUAGCUAUGGAAACACAAUUUCCCUAGCAUAACUUCAGGGUGAAUUCACCAGUGUAAGACCUGUGUCACAGUCGAAAAGCAGCUUUAGUGUGGUCUGGAGAAAAUAGUGUUAGUCAAUAAUAACAGUAGCUAGCGAUGAGAGGAGCAGCUGUAAGUUAGAGCUGUAUGGAACUAUUCCGUAUGGAUCUGGAAGUAAUGAUCUUUCUAUGCCAUGCAACAACUUCAGUACACAAUGAACCACGUUUGGUGUGUGUGUGAGAGAGAGAUAGAGAGGGAGGGAGACAGAGUGAGCGAUAAAGAACGAGAGCAGGGGAGAGGAAGAGAGGGAAAGAGAGAGAUAGGGGUUAAAAGGGAGAACGAGAAUGGGCGCAACAGUGGGGGUAAUAGUGUGUUUCAGUAUCUACUUGUGGGGGAUUACUCUACACUCCGGAAUAUUAACGAGGGCCUUUUGUCACAGAUCUCUUUCUCUCUUUUCCUUUCACACACCAGGCACACACAAACAAACACACACAGGCACACACACACACACACACACUGUCGUUUUUUGUCAAUGGUGUCUUUUGUUCCUUUCAUCUCUGACCCAAACAAAGCAUUCCUGUGUACACAGGAAAGAGAGGAGAGAUAGCAAGGGAGAGAGCGAGAGCGAGAGAAAGGGAGAGAGAGCGAGAGGGAGAGAGAGAGAGCUAGAGGGAGAGAGACGGAGCAGGAGAGGGAAAGGAGAGGGAGAUCGGGAAAACAUGCAACACGCCUUUGUAGUUUAGAGGGAGAAGUUUUGAUUCAGUUGAUCAUUCUGAUAUUACAGUAAAAAUACCAUUGUACAAAAGUAGAUGUGUUGUCAUGGAGAUGGAAUACAUCCUAUUGGAAAGGUAUUGGUUGGUUACGUUUACGCUUCUUCUUUCGCUAAAGUUUUUAUUAAUAAGAUGUUAUCUUCUUGGUUUGUGUACAAGUUGUAGGCCUAGAGGCUGCACAUUCAGAAAAAAAGGGAGGAUGAGAAAGAAAGAGCGUGUGUGGGAGAGAGGGAGAGAGUGAAGAAGGGGGACACGGUGAACGUUUUCAAUACUGUCAUUGUAAUUAUGAAAGAGUUGCAUAACCAGAGAUGUGUAAUGAACAGUAAUUACUUACGUAAAACUCUGCAUUGUAGAGGAGCUAUUUCGGUGUUUACUUUUUACGUCACUUAGUUGGAAUUUCGUUUGUGUGUUGUGUCUUGUGUGUCAAUGUGAUUGUCAAAGGUCUCAUUACUAUACUCCUGCCGUAGACUACAGUCCCUGCCUGGUUACAUCAAUGACAUACGUUUGGGGGAAUACUGUGUGUGUGUGUGUGUGUGUGUGUGUGUGUGUGUGUGUGUGUGUGAAAGACCAGCAUGAGUGAAGAAGGGAAGGGCUAUAAAAGCCUCCUUCAAUUUAACAUCUGUAAAACCCUGAUGAAGGCUACGCUACGGGCCAAAUGGUAAUGGUUUUAACAAUAAAGAAGCAUUUAUAUCAUCCACUGUCCUCUAGGAGUUGGUGAAUUCCCCUUUUAAUUCAAGAAGGGACAGCUUGAAAGGUGUAGGGCAACCAGAAAGGGAAUGUUGGCCUUUUUCCUUGCUAACUCUUAUCACCAUAUCCUGUUUCUAGACAGAAGUUCACUCUUUGUCCACUAAAGGUCCCUCUAGUUGGAAUCAACAGUACAGUCCCGUCUUUUUUUUAACUUAAUCUAGAUAAACUCAGUGUUUUUAACAGAGAAUUGGCCUUAAUUAAAUCGGUCCAGUUUCCCUUUUCGUCCGGCUCACAAAGUGAGUGCCUGUAUCUAUUGUCUGUUUAGAUGCAGUAAUGUAAAUCUGGUCAUCCUAAUUCUACACCUCCUUCUUCUCAUUCUCAUUCCCCUUUCCCUUAUCAAAUUCUUUUAUCUCUCAUCUCUGUCUCUCCCACUUCUCUUUGCCAUGUUCAACUUUGGUCUACGUGCUUUGUGGAAGUAAGUGAGAGAAUGUCAUUAGCUUGGUUUCCAUCCAAUUGGUGACAGAUUUUCAUGCGAAUAUUCUAAAAUAUGCAUAAAUAAAAUAUGCAAAUUGUCCCACCAGAGAUGUGUUUCCAUCAAAUUGACUUGUUGUGAAUAAAAGUCUGUGCGUGAUGAAAUAGCGCACAUAAAAAUAACUUUUGCAGUUAAAUUCCCGUGAAUUAAAAAUGCAUAAUAAUAAAACAUACAAGUUAAAUGGGUUUCCAUCGCAUAUUGAAUGGUUUUGUCACAAACCAAUUUGUGUUAUAUAGCAAAUGUGCCCACUUUGGUAUUGGUUCAUGCACUCUAGCUAACAGCUCGCAGAUACAGUAUGAAUAUAGCCUACAUGAUGAGAUUAUUAUGGACAAAAGUGCAAGAAUAUGUUUAUUUGUCAAACGGCAGCUAAGCAUUGAUUAUCAUGUCACCAGAAUAAGACCCUCGAUAUUUAUUGGAAAGGAGUAUCAAGCUCAUCACCUUGCACUUUCACCACCCUGUGAAGUUCAUCAUCAAUAAUUUAUUCCCGAGUUGUAGUGGGAGGACCACACACCAUAUCAUCGCGUGACUCAAAGUUUACUUCGAUAUGAUGAUGGUUAUUAUAUAAAUAUAUGCGCAUAAAACCAUUUCCACCACCAUUUCUCGAACAAUUAAUUUUACCGACACAAAAAGAUCCCACCAUGUCUAACUAAUUAUGUUGGCAUUUUAUAAAAUUGUACGGAAACUGUCGUGAGUAAAAAAAAAAUAUGGUAUGACUUUACUCGCAUAAAAACUGUGGAUGGAAACGUUGUUAAUGUGUAGGACUGUUUUUGUCCCAAAUGACACUAUAUUCCCUAUAUAGUGUACUACUUUUGACAAGAGCUCAUAGGGCCCUGGUCAAAAUUAGUGAGGGAAUACUGUACCAUUUGGGACAUUACGUGUGGAAUCUGCGUUCAUACAGCAUGUGCUUGUUUAGUCCCUCUUCGUGUUGUGUUUGUAAGUGUCUUUGUCUGUUUUGCAAUCUUCCAGCAAAAUAUGCAUAUUUUUUAAAAACUCAACACAGAAACGUGAGUUGCAUCUCAAAUGGCAACCUAUUCCCUAUAGGCUAUAGUGAAGUACUUUCGACCAGUAAUGCGCUAUAUAGGGAAUAGGGUGCCAUUUUGAGACUCAACUCUCACAACCGGUUUUGAUGUUUGUCCAUCAAAGCUCGAGUAACUUUCUAAAUGUUAAUUAAUUGCAAUGCUCUUUUGUUGCUCUUGUGUGGUUUGAGAAUAUAAUAUAAUUUUAAUAGCACUGGUUAACUGGUUAACAUCUGUACUACAGUAUGCCAAAACUUUAUCCACAGUUAUUAUUUCAUGCCCUGUUACUGUGACAACGACGUCACCUAAUCCAUCUCUAAUUCCUUCCUGUUGCAUUGACAGAUGACAUCUGCCACACCCCCUUCCUCCCGAAGCUGCUCCUCUCAGAAGGUGUGUCACUCUCAGACGCAGACAGACGUUCUAAAGCCCCUAUUGGGCGGCGGGGGCUCCGGCGGGGGCGGGACCUUGAGGAGGCGGAGGCGUGUUCUGUCUAAGGAUGGGCGGAGUAACGUACGCAUCGAGCACAUCAGCGGGCGGUCGGCCCUGUACAUGCGUGACCUCUGGACGACAUUCCUGGAUAUGCAGUGGCGAUGGAAGUUCUUUCUCUUCACCCUUACCUUCACAGGGACGUGGUUCCUGUUCGGGGUUCUGUGGUACCUGGUGGCAUUAGUGCAUGGAGAUCUGCUGGGUGAGAGAGUGGAGAGAAUAGAGAAUAAUACAGUACAAUUCGCUGUCCCACUGUUGUUUUAGAUCAGUACAACUAAACAAAACCACCAACUAGGUUUUGUGUAACGUGCAUUGGCACCUUACUCCCUAUUUGGUUAGUGCACGACUUCUAACCAGAGCCCCUUUCCCAAUCUCUCCUCUCACUCUCUGGCCUUUUCUCGUUUGGGCAAAAGUCCAUCCUCUGUCUUCUCUCCUCUAUGACCCGGAAACCAAUAAGUGCUCGAGGAGUGUGUCAAUUUGUUAGUAGGCAAAGUGAAGAUGGUCCUCCCGUCCUCGAUAGCCUCCUAAGUGGCGAGGAAGCACACCCCCUUUGAAUCAGCUCUUGUAUUGUCGAAGGAGAAAAGCAUGCACACAUUUAAAAACGAUAUGCUACUUAUCCUUAUAUUUACAAAAUGUCUUGCACAACUAACGUAAUUUGUUUUUAUCACUUUACACAUGUAUUUUGGGAUCCACACUUGUAAACGACGCGAGAGUGGAGAAGGAGCUUCUCAUUUCAUACAAGCGCAUUUUCGGCCACGUUCACUCUCCGCCUCUCUCCUCUUCGAUUACCUUUGACCUUUUUCAAAAGGAGGCCAGAGAGGACGGAGAGAGGAUGCAGGAGUUGAACAAAUCUAAUUCAGAAAAGGCCUCUGUCCUCUCUCUCUUUCUUCCUCUCAAUCUCCCUUUGCUCGCUCUCUCGUCUCCCUCACUCUUUCCCUCUCCUCUCUUUCUCUGUCUUCUCCCCUCUCUCCUCUCUCUCCCUCUCCUUAUCUCUCUCUCCCCCUCUCUCUCCUCUCUCUUUCUCACUUUCUCUCCUCUCUCUGUCUCCCUCACGCUCCUGUGCCCUCUCAGAGUUCGACCCGCCGUCGAACCACACCCCAUGUGUGCUGCAGAUGCAGACGCUGACUGGGGCAUUCCUGUUCUCGCUGGAGUCCCAGACCACCAUUGGCUACGGCUUCCGUUGCAUCACAGAGGAAUGUCCGGCUGCCAUCAUCCUCCUGAUCCUGCAACUCGUCAUCACCAUGGUACUGGAGAUCUUCAUCACCGGAACCUUCCUCGCCAAGGUACAGUAUGGCUCACUGAGCACUGCACUUGAGGACAAAUCACACCGUGCCGAUGAACGGUUGAAAGCAGCAGGUGGCCGUCCUGUCGCCUCUGAACAGAACAUUGCCGUCAUGCUCUGUUCUUUUCCCGACUACUCUACAUUUUGAAUUGCCACCAUUCAUGGACACCCAACAUGUGAUUUUGUGGCCACCCGCUGCUUUCAGCCGUUCGUUGGCAUGGUAUGUUUUGUCCGUCAUACCUUCUUACAUCACUUGGGUCAUCAUCACUAUAUGAAAUCUCUGAUACACACAUUGUUGCGGUCAGUUGAAUUGCUCAUUAUCUUCUAUGUGUACUUCAAUUGUUGAAUGUUUCCUGAAUUGACUGAAUUGAAAUGGAAUUGAUGCCAAACCUGAACACAGACAGAUAAAUCAAUAAAAAUGUUGCCCUCAAAAAUAUAUACUAUAAAAAAGAUUGAAAAAUAGCAUAAGCAUGUUUACUUAUUUAUUUUUGAGGGCAAAUCAUACUCAAAUGAACUUUUUGUUAUUGUUGAUGUCGUUUACAUUAUUGUUAUAGACGUUUUUAUUCUAAUACCCGUUAUUUUUGUAUAAUACUCUUCUUAUUUUAUUCUAUUGAAUGAAAAGUUGAUGCCAAACCUGAACUCAAGAUACAGUAUCUGACUUAAGAGUCUCCUUUACUGCUUUCCUCAGGUGGCUCGGCCAAAGAAGCGAGGUGAGACGGUGAAGUUUAGCCAGCACGCCGUGGUGUCCAGUCACGAAGGCCGACCCUGCCUCAUGAUCCGAGUGGCCAACAUGCGGAAGAGCCUGCUGCUGGGGUGCCAGGUAAAUGCUCAACUGUGUGUGUGUGUGUGUGUUCAACAGCAAGUGUAAAGUACACUGAACAAAAAUAUUAAUGCAACAUGCAAUAAUUUUUUUAAUGUUACUGAGUUACAGUUCAUAUAAGGAAAUCAGUCAAUUGAAAUAAAUUCAUUUGGCCCUAAUCAAUGGAUUUCACAUGACUGGGAAUACAGAUAUGCAUCUGUUGGUCACAGAUACCUUAAAGAAAAGGUAGGGGCGUGGAUCAGAAAACCAGUCAGUAUCUCGUAACCACCAUUUGCCUCAUGCGGCACGACACAUCUCCUUCCCAUAGAGUUGAUUAAGCUGUUGAUUGUGGCCUGUGGAAUGUUGUCCGUCCUCUUCAAUGGCUGUGCGACGUUGCUGGAUACUGCCAGGAACUGGAACACGCUGUCGUACCCGUAAAACUGCACAUUUUAGAGUGGCCUUUUAUUGUCCCCAGCACAAGGUGCACCUGUGUAAUGAUCAUGCUGUUUAAUCAGCUUCUUGCUAUGCCACACCUGUCAGGUGGAUGGAUUAUCUUGGCAAAGGAUCCAUCCCAAUUUGUUGUCUCUUUCACAACCUGUCUGAAUAAUGGAGAGUGGAACCCCUCUAAAACCAAACGUGACCCCCUAGGGCAGGGGUUUUCUAACUUUUUAAUGUCAAGGACCCACAAAUAUUAUGAGCCCCUGGGUGAGGACCCCUACAACAACAAAGAAACACUUUGCCAUGAGGCUGAGAGAAAAUUGUGCAGUUUUAAAGCAAAUUACCUGCUAUUCUAAACAUAUAUGCUAUCUGACCAGGGCCUGCUACAGCCUUUUGGGCCCCUAAGUAAGUUUUGUUUGGGGGCCUCCCCACCCGCCUCCGGAAAUAAUAAUAAUAUUAGUUGGGGGCCCCCUGGAGGUCAGGGCCCCAGGGCAGAGUGAGACAGGGAAAUGCAAAGGCUAUUUGUAUACUGAUGGAAAAAUAUGAUUGCCAUUGGGGGUGGAUAGGAAAGACAUGAAGAUUGAUCAAGAUUUUACCAAACACAUGUUCUGUAGGUAUUAUAAUACCAAUAUUUAAUUAAGUGAAAAAAAAUAAUUGCUUUUUGUUUAUUUAUAAACAUUUUCCACGAACCCCCUGGCAUCCCCUUGUGGAACCCCGGGGGUCCGUGGACCUCAGUUUGAAAACACCUGCCCUAGGGAUUGUGUGCGCCCCCCAGGUGACGGGGAAGCUGCUGCAGACGUCUCAUACCAAGGAGGGGGAGACGGUGCGUCUGGACCAGAGGAACGUUCCCUUCCAGGUGGACACGUCCAGCGACAGCCCCUUCCUCAUCCUCCCCCUCACCUUUUACCACAUCAUAGACGACAGCAGCCCGCUUAGGGCCUGGGCUGCCAAGGGUACGCCUGGUUAUUACUGUGGGAAUGGAUCUGUGUGUGCAUCCCAAAUGGCACCCUAUACCCUAUAUAGUGCACUACUUUUGACCAGGGCCCUAUUGACCAGUGCACUGUAUAGGAAAUAGAGUGCCAUUUGGGACAAGCCUAGAAGUGCGGGAAUGGAUCUGUGUGUGUUUGUCAGGGCCUUUAAUUUUAUCUUGUGGUUCUCCUCUCCUCCUACUCCUCGCUCUCUCUUCCUCGCUCUCUCUAUCUCUAAGGCUAAUCUCUCUAUCGAUCUCUAUAUAUCUCUCGUAAUUCUAUAUCUCUCUCUAUCAUAUCGCUCUCUAUAGUCUAUUAUCUAGGAUCUCUAUCUACUCGCUCUCUCUCUCUCCUCUCUCUCUCUCUCUCUCUCUCUCUCUCUCUGUCUCUCUCUGUCUCUCUCUGUCUCUCCUCAGGCGGGGGAUGGACAGAUCCUGAGCUGGCGGACUUUGAGCUGCUGGUUAUCAUGAGUGCAACGGUAGAGCCCACCUCGGCCACCUGCCAGGUGCGCACCUCCUACCUGCCUGACGAGAUUCUGUGGGGGUAUGAGUUCCCCCCUGUGGUCUCCCUCUCCCCCUCAGGGAAGUACGUGGCCGACUUCGCCUUCUUCGACAAAGUGGCCAAGACCAAGACCACGCCCCUCUUCAAAACAUCCCGCCCACAGAGUUACCAUGGCAACGGAGGAGGAGGAGGGGUGGGGGUGGAGGGGACUGACCCGGAGAAGAUCCGAUUGGAGCAGAGCUACAGGGAGAGAGGAGAGGAAGGGAGAGGGAGGGUCAGAGACAGUAGCCCUCUCAGUGUCCGCAUCAGCAAUGUCUGAGAGCCUACACACUGAGACGCAUACACCAGACCUGGGUUCAAAUACUAUUGGAAAUAAUUUCAAAUACUUUAUCCAUGCUUGAUUGAUCUUGCCUGGCUUAAUGGAACCAAUAGAAUAGUCCGGAAACCGCAAACCCCGCCCAUCUGGCACUUCAGUAAGACUAAACAAACUCAAAAGAUAUAAAAUAGUAUUUGAACCCAGGUCUGGCAUACACUGGAUUCUAAGCAGGGUCUGUUACAGUUUACUACAAAUAUUCAAAUGAUUAAUUCAUUGCUUGUUGUUCAUUUACAUGAAAUUGGUAUGUAUAGAGAAAUAUAGAGGAGCAAAAUGUGUAAGGGCUGGGGAGGGGGAAGCCCCUGGAAAGGCGUUGAAUGUUUAGGGUGGAUCGCAAAUGGCACCCUAUUCCCUUUAUAUCCCCUAUGGGCCCUGGUCAAAAGUAGUGCACUAUAUAGGGAAUAGGGUGCCAUUUGGGAUGCAGAUUUUUACUGAUGCUUCUCUGUCAACGAACUGGACAUUCGUCCAUAAAUACACUGUAAAAACAUACAAAUAUGUAACACUGUAGAAUGUUUUAUGAUUUUGUUAUUGGUACGUGCCAAUGUACUAUAGAAUAUGCUAGCUUCAAGCACUUUGGUGAAAUGAUAACACUACUGUAUCAAUACAAAAAGAAUGUAGACCUGUUGUGGACUUUGACUGGAUAUGAAGAAGACAAGAGAAGAUGAUUAUAAGGUGCUGUGUAUAGUUGUCAGUAUGCAUUGUCUGCACAGAUAUACAGUGGGGAGAACAAGUAUUUGAUACACUGCCGAUUUUGCAGGUUUUCCUAAUUACAAAGCAUGUAGAGGUCUGUAAUUUUUAUCAUAGGUACACUUCAACUGUGAGAGGAAUCUAAAACAAAAAUCCAGAAAAUCACAUUGUAUGAUUUUUAAGUAAUUAAUUUGCAUUUUAUUACAUGACAUAAGUAUUUGAUACAUCAGAAAAGCAGAACUUAAUAUUUGGUACAGAAACCUUUGUUUGCAAUUACAGAGAUCAUACGUUUCCUGUAGGUCUUGACUAGGUUUGCACACACUGCAGCAGGGAUUUUGGCCCACUCCUCCAUACAGACCUUCUCCAGAUCCUUCAGGUUUCGGGGCUGUCGUUGGGCAAUACGGACUUUCAGCUCCCUCCAAAGAUUUUCUAUUGGGUUCAGGUCUAGAGACUGGCUAGGCCACUCCAGGACCUUGAGAUGCUUCUUACGGAGCCACUCCUUAGUUGCCCUGGCUGUGUGUUUCGGGUCGUUGUCAUGCUGGAAGACCCAGCCACGACCCAUCUUCAAUGCUCUUACUUGCAAAUUAAUUACUUAAAAAUCAUACAAUGUGAUUUUCUGGAUUAGAUUCAGUCUCUCACAGUUGAAGUGUACCUAUGAUAAAAAUUACAGACCUCUACAUGCUUUGUAAGUAGGAAAACCUGCAAAAUCGUCAGUGUAUCAAAUACUUGUUCUCCCCACUGUAUCUGUUAUUGUUGAUACAGAGGAAUGCAGUUAGCACUUUAUUAAGUACCUUUGCACCUUAGGAACAUUUGUAGCACUUAUUAUUACUGGAAUGUAUAUAGAUUUGUGCUUUUAACCUGACUUAAAGCACUUUAACACUGAAUGAAAGGUUUUAAUUAUGCUUUCUAUUCAUAUUUUAUGAUUGUGAUUUAACAAUGACGGUUUUGUCGAUUUUCCUCUCUUUAUUCAUGUUUGCCAUGUGUUGUUUCUGUGGCUAGAAGCACAUUGAUAGAAAAUAACAUUUUUGUAAAUAAUCACAAACAGCCAUUUAGAAGGUUCAACACUAGCAGGAGGAUGCGUUCCAGGCCUAUUCUAGACACCAGGGAGCCUUUUAAUAGACUCAAAAAACACUCCAUUCCCUAUAGUGCACUACUUUUGACCUUUGACCAAGGCCCAUAGGGCUCUGGUCAAAAGUAGUGCACUAUAUAGGGAAUAGGGUGCCAUUUGGGAUGCACACCCAGUGACUCACAUGAGUACAAACUUCUAUUUCUUCCUCUGGUGGUAAUCAUUGUUUUAUGUGUAAAGUAAGUUUUGGGGAAAUUCGGGUGGGGUAAUUUAAGUUGAGAGAGGUGUGUCAAGACCUAAUCAUGGCUUUAGAUUAGAAUAUAUUAAUCCAUGCCUUAAUUUGGUUUACAGGAGAGAACGUAUAUGGACUGUUGUUAUUGCUGAGAUGUUUUGAGAGGAAGCAAAUGUGAUUAUUGUGUGGUGUCCAUGAUUAGACUUGGGUUCAAAUGCGAUUGGAGUCAUAAAAAAAAAAAUUGCUGGCCUUGAUUGAGCUUGCCUGGCGCAAAGGAACCAAUCGAAUAAGGGGCAGGUUUCCCAGACAAAGAUGAAGCCUAGUCUUAUGACUAAAAACCAUUUUAAAUGGAGAGAUUCUCCAUUGAAAGUGCUUCUUAGUCCAUGUCAAGGCUUAAUCUGUGUCUGGGAAACCGGUCCUAAAAGUAAGAUUUUAAAUAGUAUUUGAAGCCAGGUCUGAUCAUGAUUUUGCCAUUAGGAUCUCUCAGAGGCCUUGAAGCCUGAGUGCUUUGUUGAUAUGAACUAUUAAGUGUGAGAGAGGUUUGAUAUUUUGUCUUCAACUUGUCUAGGUUUUCACUGGAAAACUUGAAUGUUGUCUUCCAGAUGUUUAACAAUGUAAGCUAAUUUCAAAUAAAAAUGAUCGAAGAAUAGAGUAGUAUUAUUUUAUUUUUGUACAUUCUUUAAAUUAUAACACUGAAUCCCCUAUUUGGGUGUCAGUCAUUUGGUAUGGGCUGCCCUACUGGAAAUGUACAUGUUGAAAAUACUAUAAUUACACAACAAUAAAUCUUAUUGUAGCACAAAUUGACUUGUAACAUGAAAAUGCAUUCUACCCCGUCUUUGCUUUCACAAACACCCGAGUUUGGAGUGCAUUUUCCGUUCCUAAAUACAUUUAAAAUGUAUUGGAAACAGGUUAUCAAGUAAGUUCAUAUGCCAUGGAACAUUUUAGAAUUGCAAACAUUUCAAAAUGGUUUGAAACCAAAAUUAAAUAGAUUUUUAUACAGUGUACUUAGAGGAAUAAAAGUGAAUAUUCACUACCGGUCAAAAGUUUUAGAACACAUACUCAUUCAAGGGUUUUUCUAUAUUUUUACUAUUUUCUACAUUAUAGAAUAAUAGUGAAGACAUCAAAACUAUGAAAUAACACAUAUGAAAUCAUGUAGAAACCAAAAAAGUGUUAAACAAAUCUAAAUAUAUUUCAUAUUUGAGAUUCUUCAAAUAGCCAAGUUCAAGUAACAGACACAUCUCAGCAUCAACUGUUCAGAGGAGACUGUGUGAAUCAGGCCUUCAUGGUCGAAUUGCUGUCCUUUAGUCUGGAGUCCAAAUUGGAGAGUUUUGGUUCCAACCGCCGUGUCUUUGUGAGACGCAGUGUGGGUGACCAGAUGAUCUCCACAUGUGUAUUUCCCACCGUAAAGCAUGGAGGAGGAGGUGAUAUGGUGUGGGGGUGCUUUGCUGGUGACACUGUCUGUGAUUUAUUUAGAAUUCAAGGCACACUUAAUCAGCAUGGCUAUCACAGCAUUCUGCAGCAAUACGCCAUCCCAUGUGGUUUGGGUGUAGUGGGACUAUCAUUUGUUUUUCAACAGGACAAUGACACAACACACCUCCACGCUGUGUAAGGGCUAUUUUACCAAGAAGGAGAGUGAUGGAGUGCUGCAUCAGAUGACCUGGCCUCCACAAUCCCCCGACCACAACCAAAUUGAGAUGGUUUGGGAUGAGUCGGACCGCAGAGUGAAGGAAAAGCAGCCAACGAGUGCUCAUCAUAUGUGGGAACUCCUUCAAGACUGUUGGAAAAGCAUUCCAGGUGAAGCUGUUUGAGAGAAUGCCAAGAAUGUGCAAAGCUUUCAACAAGGCAAAGGGUGGCUAUUUGAAGAAUCUGAUUGAUUUGUUUAACACUUUUUUGGUUACUACAUGAUUCCAUAUGUGUUAUUUCAUAGUUUUGAUGUCUUCACAAUUAUUCUACAAUGUAGAAAAUAGUAAAAAUAAAGAAAAACCCUUGAAUGAGUAGGUGUUCUAAAACCUUUGACCGGUAGUGUAUGCAAAUUGGUCCAUAACUCCACCUAUACAACAACAUAGGUCUAGGACUAUACAUCAUUUAUGCAGGGUUCAUACAGGCAUUGGCAAGUCAAAUUCAAGGACUUUCAGGGACUUUUUCAAGCACUUAAUUGUUCACGGACCUCAAUUUUAUACAAUUGUAUAAUUUAUGUAUAGGGCCUAAUAUAGAACCCCCCUCCCCCCAAAAAACAUGCAAAAAGUGUAAAGUAAAAAGUAGGCCAUUUCCACUUUAAGAAUCGUUUGGCUGCUGGUGUGAAAGAGGAGCGAUUACGAUAGAGGAAACCAAGUCUAGAUUUAACCUUAGCCUGCAGCUUGGAUAUGUGCUGAGAGAAGGACAGUGUACAGUCUAGCUAUACUCCCAAGUACUUGUAAGACUGUAUCAUCUGCAUAUAAAUGGAUGAGAGAGCUUCUUACUGACUGAGCUAUGUUGUUGAUGUAAAUUAAGAAGUGUGUGGGGCCUAGGAUCGAGCCUUGGGGUACUCCCUUGGUGACAGCCAGUGCCUGAGACAGCAGAUAUUCUGACUUUACACAUUGCACUCUUUGAGAGAGGUAGUUAGCAAACCAGGCCAAAGACCCCUCAGAGACACCAAUACUCCUUAGCUGGCCCACAAUAAUGGAAUGGUCUACCGUAUCAAAAGCUUUGGCCAAGUCAAUAAAAAUAGCAGCACAACAUUGCUUAGAAUCAAGGGCAAUGGUGACAUAAUUUAGGACCUUUAAGGUUGCGGUGACACAUCCAUAACCUGAGCGGAAACCAGAUUGCAUACCAGAGAGAAUACUAUAGACAUCAAGAAAGCCAGGCAGUUGAUUAUUGACAAGUUUUUCCAACACUUUUGAUAAACAGGGCAAAAUAGAAAUUGGCCUAUAACAGUUAGGAUCAGCUUGAUCUCCCCCUUUCAAUAAAGGAUGCACAUUGGCUGCCUUCCAAUCAAUGGGAACCUCCCCAGAGAGGAGAGACAGGUUAAAAAGGUCAGAGAUAGGCUUGGCGAUGAUAGGGAGAGCAACCUUAAAGAAGGAAGGGUUUAAGGAGCUCCUUUAGCACCUCAAACUCAGUGACUGCCUGCAGGGAGAAACUAUGUAGCGGGGCAGGGGAAAAAGAGGGAGGAGCAGCGGGGCUAGUUGCAUUAGAAGGGGUGGGAGAUGAGGAAAUGUUGGACGGGCAAGGAGGCAUGGCUGAGUCAAAUAGGAAUCCUGACUUAAUGAAGUGGUGAUUAAAGAGCUCAGCCAUGUGCUUCUUGUCAGUAAAAACCACAUCAUCAAUAUUAAGGGACAUGGGCAGCUGUGAGGAGGAGGGUUUAUUCUCCAGGUCUUUCACAGUUUUCCAGAACUUCUUGGGGUUAGACCCACUGAGUGAGAACUGCUCCUUAAAGUAACAAACUUUAGCCUUCCGGAUAGCCUGAGUGCACUUAUUUCUCAUUUGCCUGAACGAGAGCCAGUCAGCCUGAGUAUGCGUGUGCCAAGCCUUUCGCCAAAUGGAAUUCUUGAGGUGGAGUAACUCUGCCAGAUCACGGUCGAACCAGGGGCUGAACCUGUUUUUAAUUCUCAUUUUCUUUAUGGGGGCAUGUUUGUUAACAAUAACACUGAGCGUCUUCGACAGAGGGGAUCAAGCUGAUUCUAUACCAAUUUACAGAGGCCAGGUCAUGAAGGAAGGCUUGCUCAUUAAAGUUUUUUAGCAAGCGUCUAUGACAAAUCCGGACAGGUCGUUUAACUGAGCAGCCAUUACGAACACAGGCUGUAAAACAGUGAUCACUAAGGUCAUUACAGAAAACACCAGACUGAUACCUAUCAGGAUUAUUUGUGAGGAUAACAUCAAGGAGAGUAGCCUUUUCUGGGUGUUUGGUGUCAUACCUUGUGGGAUUGGUAAUAAUCUGUGAAUGAUUUAGGGAAUCCCAUUGCUUUAGGACUUGGUCAGGUGGUUUAAGCAUGUCCCAGUUUAGGUCACCUAGCAGGUCACCAAUUCAGACGUAGUGUAAGGGGCACUUCAAUUGAAGCGGCAGGAAACAAAACAAAUCUCUCACGAAAAAAAUUCUCAAAAAUGAAAUCACAGAUAAUUAUAAGGGAGCAGGAGAACGUAUAAAUUGGCUAUAAUAAUUACAAGGACUUUUUAAGCACCAAAUUGAGGAAAUGCUCUAGGUAGGCCUAUUCUAGUAGGUUACUUGAAUUUCUGAGCUCCAAAUUCAAGUUCAAGUAGGCUGUUUCAAGCCCCUUGUAUUGUUUAAAAUUGCAGGUGUAACAUGGACAACAAAAUGUAUUUGUCAUGUUAUUUCAUUACCUGAUCAUAUUGUGAAUACGCCCAGUAGCUUACAUAGUUUAUGUAAUUUGUUGUCAUUAUGUCCAGAAUAAUUAAUAGGAAGAGCGUUGGGUGUUGCGCAAUAGUCUAUCCUACACAAUUGCGCACAGUAGACUCGGUGUCCAAUCCAAGGCACAAAAACAUAUGACAACAUGAACUCAUUACCUUGAUGCUUUCUCUGUUAAAUCUAAUGAGACCUUGCUGUAAAUUAAGCAGACAACAACAGAUGAUCAACCUCAAUUCGCUAGUGAUAUUAGAUCCAAUGAGAUCCACGCACAACUGUCUUCACCGGCAUAAGGUACCAAAAUAUUCUGGACAUUGCUCACAAACACCCUUUUCCCAGCACUUGGGCUGUUGUUGCAUUGCAUGCGCUAUCAGAACAGCUGUUUGUCACUUGGCUGUCAUUUGGAAAAUUCCAUCCUGGAUCAGAUGAUGAUGUGUGAAAAUAUCAUGGAGUAAUUAAACUGCUCCACACCAAAUGCGCAUCCAAUAACUAUUAUGCAUAAUUAUUGAAGAACCACAUUAAUGACAGUAUCGAUUUAGGUUUUAAGUAUCAAGGUAAGGUGGCUAUCCGGAUAAAGCACUAAAUAUGCUUCAGUUAGUGCUAAAUACGGCUGCUAGAAUCUUGACUAGAACCAAAAAAUGUGAUCAUAUUACUCCAGUGCUAGCCUCUCUACUGGCUUCCUGUUAAGGGCUGAUUUCAAGAUUUUGCUGCUAACCUACAAAGCAUUAGAUGGACUUGCUCCUACCUAUCUCUCCGAUUUGGUCCUGCCGUACAUAACUACACGUACAUUAGGUCACAAGACCCAGGCCUCCUUGUCCCUAGAAUUUCUAAGCAAACAGCUAGGCAGGGCUUUCUCCUAUAGAGCUAAAUUUUUAUGGAAUGGUCUGCCUAUCCAUGUGAGAGACACAGACUCGGCUCGUGCGGUGGAGGAGAUCUUCGUAUGCUAUACUCAGCCUUGUCUCAGGCUAGUAAGUUGGUGGUCUGUUGAUAUCCCUCUAGUGGUGUGGGGGCUGUGCUUUGGCAAAGCGGGUGGGGUUAUAUCCUGCCUGGUUGGCCCUGUCCGGGGGUAUCGUCGGACAGAACCACAGUGUCACCCGACCCUCCCUGUUUCAGCCUCCAGUAUCUAUGCUGCAAUAGUCUAUGUGCUGGGGGUCUAGGGUCAGUUUGUCCUAUCUGGUGAAAUUCUCCUGUCUUAUCUGGUGUCCUGUGUGAACUUAAGUAUGCUCCCUCUAAUUCUCCCAUCUCUCUCUCUGCCAAGAGUGUGCAAAACUGUCAUCAAGGCAAAGGGUGGCUAUUUGAAGAAUCUCUGAUUCCAUAUGUGUUAUUUCAUAGUUUUGAUGUCUUCAGUAUUAUUCUACAAUGUAGAAAAUAGUAAAAAUAAAGAAAAACCCUUGAAUGAGUAGGUGUGUCCAAACUUUUGACUGGUAAUGUAUGUGCGUAUGUGCGUACAUGUGUACAAUUCGUAGAAUUGGUGUUUGUCCCAAAAAACAUGUGUACGUACACGACAGGUGUGUGGGGGUGUGUGUCUAAAGACAGUGUGUGGGGCCAAACAGGCCCAUACCCAGGCCCUAUGGUCUUGGGGGGAGGAAUAGCACUUAGGCACCGUGGGGAUAGUGUGUGAGAGUAGAUCUUACAAAACAAGGCAGGUCUUCAUGGGAGUUUCUACAAAACUGUUUGUUCAAACCCUUUGGACUUGUGAGGAGAUUCUGGAUCGAAUGAGAUACAAAAACAAGGAAAUAAGAUACUGUGAUUCCUCAGACCACUUGGUUGAGCAAACUUGGUUCAAUCUUCUUUGGUUAUUCUUCAGUUACAGAAGAGUUACAGAACAGUUACAUACUCUUGUCAAGAAGGUACUUAUACAUACAGUAUACUUGAUACUACUACUACUAUUACUGUGACAUAUUGGGUAGUGUUGUGCUACUAUAGCUUGAUUUUACAAUGUAAGUGUACGUAAUCUGCCUUAUCAAUAGUGGGAGAGAUACAAGUAAUAUCUAACAGUUCCACAACAAAAACCUAAUACACACAAAUCUAAGUAAAGGAAUGGAAUAAGAAUAUAUAAAUAUAUGGAUGAGCAAUGUCAUUAUCAGAGUGGCAUAGGCUAAGAUGCAAUAGAUAGUAUAGAAUACAGUAUAUACAUAUGAGAUGGGUAAUGCAAGAUAUGUAAACAUUAUUAAAGUGGCAUUAUUAAAGUGACUAGUGUUCCAUUUAUUAAAGUGGCCAGUGAUUUUCAAGGCUGUAUGUAGGCAGCAGCCUCUCUGUGCUAGUGAUGGCUGUUUAACAGUCUGAUGGCCAUGAGAUAGAAGCUGUUUUUCAGUCUCUCGGUCCCAGCUUUGAUGCACCUGUACUGACCUCGCCUUCUGGAUGAUAGCGGGGUGAACAGGCAGUGACCCGGGUGGUAGUUGUCCUUGAUUAUCUUUUUGGCCUUCCUGUGACAGUUUGCCCCAGGUGAUGCGUUCGGCAGACCGCACCACCCUCUGGAGAGCCCUGCGGUUGUGGGCGGUGCAGUUGCCAUACCAGGCGGUGAUACAGCCCGACAGGAUGCUCUCAAUUGUGCAUCUGUAAAAGUUUUUGAGCGUUUUAGGUGACAGGCCAAAUUUCUUCAGCCUCCUGAGGUUGAAGAGACGCUGUUGCGACUUCUUCACCACACUGUCUAUGUGGGUGGACCAUUUCAGUUUGUCAGUGAUAUGUACGCUGAGGAACUUAAAACUUUCCACCUUCUCCACUGCUGUCCCGUCAAUGUGGAUAGGGGGGUACUCCCUCUGCUGUUUCCUGAAGUCCACGAUAAUCUCCUUUGUUUUUUUUACGUUGAGUGAGAGAUUAUUUCCUGACACCACACUCCGAGAGCCAUCACCUCCUCGCUGUUGGCUGUCUCAUCGUUGUUGGUAAUCAAGCCUACUAAUGUUGUGUCGUCUGCAAACUUGAUGAUUGAGCUGGAGGCAAGCAUGGCUACGCAGUCAUGGGUGAACAGGGAGUACAGGAGGGGGCUGAGCACACACCCUUGUGGAGCCCCAGUGUUGAGGAUCAGCGAAGUGGAGAUGUUGUUUCCUACCUUCACCACCAGGGGGCGGCCCGUCAGGAAGUCCAGAACCCAAUUGCACAGGGAGGGGUUGAGACCCAGGGCCUCAAGCUUGAUGAUGAGCUUGGAGGGUACUAUGGUGUUGAAUGUUGAGCUAUAGUCAAUGAACAGCAUUCUUACAUAGGUAUUCCUCUUGUCCAGAUGGGAUAGGGCAGUGUGCAGUGUGAUGGCGAUUGCAUCGUCUGUGGACCUAUUCGGGCGGUAUGCAAAUUGAAGUGGGUCUAGGGUGACAGGUAAGGUGGAGGUCAUAUGAUCCUUGACUAGUCUCUCAAAGCACUUCAUGAUGACAGAAGUGAGUGCUACGGGGCGAUAGUAAUUUAGUUCAGUUACCUUUGCAUUCUUGGGUACAGGAACAAUGGUGGCCAUCUUGAAGCAUGUGGGGACAGCAGACUGGGAUAGGGCGAGAUUGAAUAUGUCAGUAAACACACCAGCCAGCUGGUCUGCGCAUGCUCUGAGGACUCAAUUAGGAAAGCCAUCUGGGCCAGCAGCCUUGCGAGGGUUAACGCGUUUAAAUGUCUUACUCACGUCGGCCACGGAGAAGGAGAGCCCACAGUCCUUGGUAGCUGGCCGCGUCGUUGGCACUGUGUUAACCUCAAAGCAGGCAAAUAACUUGUUUAUCUUGUCUGGCAGCAAGAUGUCAGUGUCCGCAACGUGAAUGGUUUUCUUAUUGUAGUCCGUGAUUGUCUGUAAACCCUGCCACAUACGUCUCGUGUCUGAGCCAUUGAAUUACGACUCCACUUUGUCUCGAUAUUGACGUUUUGCCUGUUUGAUUGCCUUGCGGAGGGAAAGACCACUCUGUUUGGAUUCUGCCAUAUUUCCCAUCAACUUGCCAUGGUUCAUGCUUUCAAUUUUUCGCGAAUGCCGCCAUCUAUCCACGGUUUCUGGUUAGGGUAGGUUUUAAUAGUCACAGUGGGUACAACAUCUCCUAUACACUUCCUUAUAAACCCACUCACCUAAUCAGCAUAUACAUCUAUAUUAUUCUCAGAGGCUACCCGGAACAUCCCAGUCCGCGUGAUCAAAACAAUCUUGAAGCGUGGAUUCCAAUUGGUCCGACCAGCGUUGAAUAGUCUUAAGCACGGGGGAUGUGUUAGAUACCAAGUUAGUUGGUUUAUGGUUUAGAUACUUGGUAGUUUAGAUACUUGCUCCUCAGGCUGAAAUAGUAUAAUCUUAUUCCAGUAUGUGUUAGACUACCCAGUCUGGGUUAUGUAGAGUGACACGGCUGUGUCUUGUCUGUGCAUUGUACGUUUUAGCAUGUCUCUGUCUCCAGUAAUUUGAUUAUUGAAAGCUUCAUUUUCUUUUGCCGAGUGUGUAUACACUUGUCCUGUUUGUGUGUAUACUGUUCUCUGAAAGUAAAUAUAAAUAAAAAACUGUGCCUGUGAAAGCCUCUGAAAGUCUAUAAAUUGCAUUCUACAGAAAGAUUUAGGUUGAAUUGCUAUUUAUCAAUAUGAACAUGCUAUAUAUGAUUUUCUUCAAUUACAGGUAAACAAACUGGAUGAUGUGAUUAAUAACGUAUAA